AUGCCGGAAGAGGCUUUUACUGAAGCUUGCCCUGAUUUAAAAUUAUUAACAUUGAAAUAUGGCCAUGAAGAAAAGAUGGAGUACUCUAGAUACAUGCUGCAAAGGCUUCUGCCCUUCUUAAAACAGUUCCAUGAAGAACAAAUGGUCGAGAAGGAAAUGGAGGCUAAGAUAAAAGGAUUACCAAUUUCAGAAGUGAAGCCACAACAAUUAAACUGCGUGGCAGUUGACCGAAUAUACUGCAACAACUGUAAAACAUCUAUUGUUGAUUUUCAUCGAAGCUGCCCAAGGUGUUCCUAUGAUCUGUGCAUCACAUGUUGUCGAGAGAUUCGAGAGGGACAUUUGCAGGGUGGGGAUGAAGAAGUGGUCAUGCAUUAUGCAUUUCGUGAUUCAAGUUACUUCCACAAUGACAAUUGUCACACUGCGCAUCAUAGUAAGAACGCUUCUCCUAUUAAUAACAAUGAACCUUCUUCUGAAGUUAAAGCUGAGAUGAAAUCUGCAUGGAGAUCUGUAGAGGUUGGUAUCAUUCCAUGUCCACCACAAUGGUUUGGGGGUUGUGGUGAAGGAACUCUGGAAUUGAAGUGUAUUUUUCCAGAGAAUUGGGUCUUGAAGUUGCUGUCCAGAGUAGGAGAACUGGUGAAGGGACAAGAUUUUGAGGACUUGCUUAAAACUUGCGAGGAAUGCCCAUGUGUGAACUUCUUUGGUGAGAAUGUAAUGGCUAGUGAUAAAUUGUGCAGAGCAGCUUCUAGGCAAGAUUCGAGGGACAAUUUUUUGUACUGUCCAACAGCUAAAGACCUGCAGCAUGAUGAUAUGAAACAUUUUCAAUUGCACUGGCUCAAAGGUGAGCCUGUGAUUGUUAAUGGCGUGCUAGAAACUACAUUAGACUUGAGCUGGGCACCCAUGGUUAUGGCGCGUGCUUUUCGUCAGAAAAGAAAGAAAGAAAAUGAAGUUCUAGUUGAUAUUCUCAAGUUGAAAGACUGGCCUCCUUCUAACUUGUUCGAGGAGAGCUUACCUCGUCAUGGUGUUGAGUUUAUCAGAUGCUUGCCCUUUAAAGAGUACACACAUCCUCACGAUGGCUACUUAAAUCUUGCUACUAAACUGCCAAAGAUUUCUCUGAAGCCAGAUAUGGGGCCAAAGACAUAUAUUGCUUAUGGAGUUGCUCAGGAAUUGGAGCGGGGUGAUUCUGUUGUCCACCCUAUUCAUGAUCAAACAGUUUACUUGUCUAUGGAGCAUAAGAGGAAACUUAAGGAGGAGUAUGGAAUCGAACCAUGGACAUUUGUCCAGAAAUUAGGUGAUGCUGUUUUUAUACCUGCUGGUUGUCCCCAUCAAGUUAGAAAUUUAAAGUCUUGCAUAAAGGUGGCGCUUGACUUCGUCUCACCAGAAAAUGUCCAAGAGUGUCUUCGAUUGACACAGGAAUUCUGUGUUCUUCCACAAAAUCAUAGGGCUAAGGAAGACAAGUUAGAGGUGAAGAAAAUGGCUCUUCAUGCAAUUGAAAAAGCUGUGUACGAGACGUGGAAACAAGGCUCCAAGAAUGUGUUGCUAAUUGACAGAUUCAUGUUCUUAAGUAGAUUCGCCGCUGCUUGUACGUAGAACAAACCCAUAAUUAACUCGAUUCUUAGCAAUAUCCGUACUAGUUCCAUCCAUAAGUUCGAUUUUCUCACGAGUAUUAUUGCAGUUUGGAAUAGAUUAUGUACUGAAACAAUG